UUAAACAAUUUUAAUAAAGACGAUAUUAGUACGUUAUGGUAGUAGGCCUAGGCCUACUUCAGCCGGCAACACGUGAGCAGAAUUAAACGCUCCUGUGUCGACUGUCGAAUCAGGCAUUUGUACCAUUGCGUGAUGGACUUUGACGGCUUCGACCAGACGCAAGCCAUAGCGCUUGAUGACUACAGCGAUGAUACGGACGAUCUGGGGGAUCUGGACAACAAACCACCUGUAGGAUACCUGAAAGUUUUCAGUCAGAAGAGUUUCCUCGAAACCUCGUUCCCUGUGUUCGAGGGCGAUAACUUCAUUGGUAGACAUGAGAGCAACCAGAUAUGCAUUCCACUCAAGGCCUUAUCCAAGAAGCACGCGUGCAUUGAGAUACAGGGAGACUCUCAUCUGAUCUACGAUUUAGAAAGCAGGAACAAGACUAGAAGGGGAAAGCUCUUUCUGAAGCCGUCUGUCCGCUACGAGCUCCAGGACCCAGAUUCUCUCCUCUUCGGUGACAUCCGGUGCGAGUACACCAGGGCAGAGAUACAAAAGAAGCCCACAGAGCUAGCUGAAGAUAGUGAUGAUGAUGAGUCUGAUACUGGCUCUGAGUCAAUGCUGCUGGACUCACAGAAUGCUAAGGACAAGGCGCAGCCAGUCAAGGGACCAGACUUAGGGUCCAGUUCCAGCUACGACAUCCUGCAGCCAACCCAAGCCCACCAGGACAGGGAGAGCAGGCACACUAUUAUUCUGGAGACACCGCAACGGGAGGGAGCUACCCUGGUCUUUGCCGAGAGUUCAGAUGACAAUGCACCUGCCGAAGCAGUUAAAGCUGUGGCAGAUAGCUCCAUUUCUCCAGGGAGUAUAGCAGAGACACCAGCCACCAAGCCCUCAGCUGAGAGCACUGUGAUUAAUGAGUCAGAUAUUGAAGAUGCUGGAAGAUCGAAGCUUUCUGAGCUGGAUGUCAGUGCUCUGGCUAUGGCUCCCACACAGCCCUAUGGAGGCAUGGACGAACUGGAGACGCAGGCUUAUCCGGCAAACACUGAUUCAGAUGAUGAUGAGAUAAGACAGAGCCUGUUUGAUGCACCCACCCAGGCCUUUGCUGUGCCAGAAUCGGAGGAUGAGAUGGAAAGUCACAAGGGAACCAGAAAGAAAAACAAGAGAACAAGUGUGGAACCCACUAUGAUUUUAAAUCUUUCAACUGACGAUGAGACAAGUCCGGUCAAGAGACCAGCGAGACCCAAACCCUACCCUCAACAAGAGGCUGCGGGGGCCCCUGAAAAGCACCCUCAAGGCUACACCGACGAGGAUGGAGAAACGUCAACACUUGCCUACACGGACCUGGCGACCCAGGCCUACUGUGCAGACACGGACGACCAGUCGGACGACGAUGCCGACAAAUCGAGUAAAGAGCGCCCUCAAGCUCGGGACACGAGCGAGAACGACGACGAGCCCACGCUUGCGUUUCCCGACCUGGCCACCCAAGCCUUCUGCACCGAAACCGACGAGCAGUCCGAUGAAGAUGAUGAGUUCGGAAUCAGGUCGAAGCGCCGGGCAGUGCAGACAUUGGACCCGACUGUCAAGUACGACAUGCAGGAAGAGAGUCCGGAUGCCGGACCUGAUCAGGGGGAAACUGAUAGCGACGCAGAUGUGCAGAAACGCAGGGUCGUUGAGCCUACAUUAAAGUACGAUAUGGAUGUAGAGGACGAUGACAAAAGGUCAAAGGUCAAGGUGGACAUUGGGUUGGAGCCUACCAUUGCUUAUACAACUGAGGAAGAUGAUGAAGAGGACAUGGAUGUAUCUGCCUUAGCCAUAGCUGAAGCGCAGGCCUACACUACAACGGAUUCCGAUUUGGAUGAAGAGCAACCCAAGCCAAAUACGGGCAGGAGGAGACAGCAGACGGCCAGAGAGCAAGCAACGGUGUUUUCAGAUGCGCCGACACUAGCCUACGAUGAUAUCAAAGAAGAUUUGGCGUCCGGACAGCCCAAAGCAGGUCUCGGUGACGAAGGGUCGUCAGAUGCCGGGUACGGUCCGUGCGACGAGGCCACACUUGCGUACAACGAUGAUGACGAGGAUGACGCCACGGAUACCGGGAUGCCAUUGGAUGAGGGAGAGGAGAGAAUGAUGGGAUACGCGGAGAUGGAAACCCAACCGGCUGGGAAAGAAUCAGAUAUUGCAGGCCAACCAGACGUCCCGACCCUCCAGUACAACACCACUGAAGAUGAAGACGACACAACAGCCGCCACACAGGCCUACGGGGUGGACAAGGACGAGGACGAAACCCCAGACAUCCACAGUCAUCCAGACGCCCCAACACUCCAAUACAACACUACAGAAGACGAAGACGACACAACGGCCGCCACGCAGGCCUAUGGCACAGACGACACAGACGACGAUACACUGGACAUCAUCACUAAUCCCUCCACCUCCUUGGGUCACGUGACCCAGCCGGCCAAUCAAAAUGGAGGACAGAAAGAGACAUCAGCAGGUCCGAGCAUUGCCGGGACAAAACCAGGAGGUAACCGCGGAGACGGAUUGGAGGAAACGCAAGUACCCGACAGCCAAGACGGAGCAGUCGACGAGAUGCAACCCCUCGUCGGCAUGUCUCGCAUCUCCUCCAUGCUGCGCAAGGUGCCUGUCCGCUCCGCCAUGGCCAGCCCAGAGAAGAAACACCCUCAGAGAACACGCAGGGUCGCCUUCAAGGAACAGACACCACCAGAGGAAGCCGCUUCUGAAGAAGUGAAUCCUCCCUCUCGGAAAUCGGCCCGCGGCAGGAAAGCCCCAGCCAGGUUUCGAGAAGAGACUCCAACAAGCUCAGUCACGGAGACCGAUGCCAAGCCCACGCGCAGGAAGUCCAAAGAGUUCCGCUCAGCUCCGGGAGAGGAGGAAGCAUCCGAUGUGGCAAAGCCCAAAAAGGCUGCCAAGGGGAAGCAGAAGGGUAGCAAGGAUGUCCUGGAAGGCAGCAAGGAUGUCCUAGCAACCCAGGGCAAGCUGGCUGAUGGGGAUUCCGAGGAGGAUACUCUGGAGUUGCAGGAAGGCAGUGACAUGGUCUGGACGUCCGUCGGUGGGUUCCAGCUGAUCGAGGCCAACAACAAUGAGACAGAGCCGAAGGGGAAAGCUCCCGCUCGAAGGACCUCAAGGAGGCAGGCCAGCUACAAGAAGGCUGUGGAGGGACAUGACUCGGAUGACACAGAGUCCAUGUCCUCGACAUCCAGCUUGCAAGUGGAGGUGGGAGACCUUUCUGGGAGCGCAGUCCAGGUCCAAGUGACGGUUUGUGAUGGGAAGCAGAGUGAGGAUGCAUCGAAGCCACGUAGAGGGAGGAGAAGCAACACUGGGAAAGCUGCAGGGACAUCGUCAGGAAGAGCGGAGAAGCUUGCCAAGGAGGUUGAUGAGCCUUCUCCCGAAAGCAGCAGACAACCUGCAACAACUUCAGGAAGGAGGCAAUCCAGGCGGUCAGCUGUGAUAAAGAGCGAUGUAGCCGAAACCCUUCCAAAGCCAAUAACAAAAGUGGGUAGAGGUCAGCACAACCAACAAUCCACUGAUGUUCCUAAACAGGACCAAAAGAGCAAAGAGGAUAUCGCCAAUUUAACCCAACCAUCUCGUGACCACAAAAAUGUCACAGGGAGUGAAACCAAAGAAAUCACCGCACCAGCCAGGAGGGGCAGAAAACCCAAAUCGGCAGCCACGCCACAGACGAAGGGACCCAAGCAAUCCUCCAUUACAGACUUCACUGUCGCCGUUGCAGAAGACAAGGUUGGAUCGAGAAGUCAUCCUGAAGAAAGCAGUUCCAUAUCAGAAAAUAAAACCGACAGCCUGGAAUCAAAUGAUAGCCCUUCUUUACUUCCGUCUAACUUAAAACCAGCAAAGACGUCAGCACCGUCUAGUCAUAAAAAACAAACUACGCCGCAGACCAAAUCAAAGUCACCUGAUACAGCAUCUCAAAAACAGGAUGCAUUCGUGGCCCCAGAGCCAGUUAAAAGAGGGGGACGUCCCCGAAAAGGAGCUAAGCAAGACGAAGGUCAGAGGUCAACAGAAUCUCCCCCUGUGACCUCUCAGCCUCAGACAGCGACUUCAGACAAGGCAGAAACUGCCACGCAGGGGAGAAGCAAGAAGAAGGGAAGAAACUCGGGGACGAUGGAAACACCUCAAAAAGAAGAGCAACCGGCAGCCACACCUACAAGUAAUAGGCGCGGUAAGAGGGCGGGGCCCGCCCAAACCACGCCCAGCCCAACACCGACCAAGAAGCGCAAAGACCCAGAGACGCCCGAGAGCGAAGUCUCCAGUCCAUCGCUACGGAAACGACCCAGUGAAACCAAGCCCAAGGUUAUGUUCACCGGGGUCGUAAAUAAAACUUGGGAGAAGAUCGUAACAAGUCUAGGAGGCGAAUUGGUAGAAUCCGUUUUUGACUGCACUCAUCUGGUCACAGAUAAGGUCCGUCGCACUGUCAAGUUCUUGUGCUGUCUAUCCAGGGGCGCCUUGAUCAUCGCUCCUAAGUGGCUGGACCAGUGCCAACUGCACAAAACGUUUGUCGACCCUUCCCCGUAUCUGCUGCAGGACAAAGCUGCCGAGAAGCAGUACAGCUUCAGUCAUGUGACCUCUCACCAGAGGGCGCUGCAGGGAGGCGCUCUGGGCGCGCUCAGUGUCUUUGUGACGGCCAACGUCAAACCAGAGCCAGCGCAGAUGAAAGAGAUUAUACAGAGUGCUGGGGGGAAAUGUCUGAGCAUCAUGCCUAAGAAACCAGACCCAUCUACAAUCAUCGUAUCAUGCGAUGCCGACGAAGCCAGGUGCCAACCGGCCAUCAAGGCAGGCCUGCAGGUUGUCAGUGCCGAAUUCAUACUGACCGGCAUGCUGAGACAGGAAACUAGACCAGAGCUGUAUCAGCUUUUUACCCCUUCGUCCACAAGCAGUGAGCCCAGUAGCAAACGCAAAGUCGGCGACACUCCAUCAAGUAGCAAAAGAAGACGUUAAACCGUCGUCCUUUCUGGAUAGGCUAGGUUUGAAAUCCCGGAAACAAACAAUAUGCGGCCAAGCCUAGUAAAACUGGUCCCAGUACACACAAGAUGGCGUCUGGACCCAAUUUUAUAGCGCUGCUUAAGAACCGAUUUUGUGCUUACCGAGCCUCCAUCUACUUCAUAGAGACCGUAAGCAAUAAGCACAGUUAAAGCACGUUUAACCCUAAAGGAAAAAAGUUGCUCAACUCAGUGACGUAACAAUGGAAAUCUCCAUGCACGUGCAACUGUUGGCAUGUCCACGCCAUGAAAUAGUGCUUAAGCAGCAGCAUGAUUUUCUGCUAACUGUUAAACAGCGCUAUUAAAUUGGGCCGUGGUCUACACAAUCACAAGUGACAGUCAAGUGACCGACUCACAAGUAACAGUCAGUCAGGGAGUGUGUCACUCAGUCAGAUACGUGCAAAGAGGACACAACAUUUUACUCAUUUGAUUCAGAAUGGUGUCUGAUCUACAUGAUAUGCAGGAUUCAGCCCAUUCAGUGCCAUUAUUAGUGAUCCUAUACAAUAGUACUGCCCAGCUCACAAGUGACAGUCAGGCAGGGAGUGAGUCAGUCAGUCAGAUACGUGCAAAGAGGACACAAGAUUCUACUCACUUGAUUCAGAAUGGCGUCUGGUCUACACAAUGGGCGGGAUUUAGCCCAUUCAUUAACGUUACGGGUGAUCCUACAUGUAUAUGAUAGCAAUGCCCGGCGCACAGGUGACCGUCAGGCAGGCAGGGAGUGAGUCAAUCAGUCAGAUAGGUACAUAGAGCACACAAGAUUCUACUCACUUGAUUCAGAAUGGCGUCUGGUCUACACAAUGGGCCGGGCUUCGCCCAUUCAUUGGCGUUACUGGGGAUCCUAUAUGAUGGCACUGCCCGGCUCACAAGUGACAGUCAGUCAGGCAGGGAGUGAGUCAAUCGGUCAGAGAGGACACAAGAUUCUACUAACUUGAUUAAGAAUGCCAUCUGGUCUACACAAUGGGCCAGAUUCAGCCCAUUCAUUAGCGCUACGGGGAAUCCUAUACAAUAGCACUGCCCGGCUCAAAAGUGACAGUCAGUCAGCCAGGGAGUGUGUCAGUCAGUCACAUUGGUGCAAAGAGCACACAAGAUUCUACUCAAUUGAUUCAACAUGGCGUGUGGUCUACACAGUGGGCCGGAUUCAGCCCAAUCAUUUGUGUAACGGGUGAUCCUAUACGAUAGCACUGCCCAGCUCACAAGUGAUAGUCGGUCAGUCAGCGAGUGAGUCAAUCAGUGAGAUAGGUACAAAGCAAAGAGGACACUAGACUGGCCCUCUGGGACCAGGGAAAAACCUUGACAUCAAAAACCUUGACAGCAAAAACCUUGAUAGCAAAAACCUUGACAGCAAAAACCUUGAUAGCAAAUUUAGUCUAGUGACUAAAUAACUCAAUUAAACCAGAUGAUAUUAUUUUAAAACAUGUUUGUACAAUUUAAAUACUCACACAUAUGAAAGAGAGAAUGGAAGGAUCUCUUUCUUUGACUUAGUUUUAUGCAGUAUUUUUUGCUUAGUUUAUGCAGAAGAACAAAUUAGCCUGAUUUAGGUGCGAAAAACAAUUGGAAAAAAAACGUCUACUGAAAUUGUAAAUGUUGCUGCAUUGUCUUAGUUUCUGUGGGAUUGCAGAUUCAUUAUCAACCGUUUUUGGUGCCUAUUAUAUGUCACAAAAUAUAAUGACAAGACCACAUUCAGUUUUGAGUAUGUAAACAACUACACCACAGUAAUUCACUGAAAGGUUUUCCUCCGGUUAAAUAAGAAAUAAAACAGACAAAAGUAAACAAAAAUCACUAAAAUUCUACACUGUUUGUGAUUAAAAAGUAAUUAUUUAUAACAGUAUACCGAAGGACUAACAUCAGCAUUUGUAUGUCUUUUAAGUUUAGUGCAAUUUAAUGUGCCUUUGAUUCCGUUAGCACAAGUUCAAACUGAUCAUAUUUAAAGAAGUUGUGGAAAAUAAUGUCAUUGCAAAUUUGGGCGAUCUUGUUGACUUAAUUGAAAAUUCAGGGCCUAUUGAUAGUUUUGUGGUAUAAUUUUCAAAAAUUAAGUAAUAAAAAGUGCCAAAUAGGGUCAACUGGUGUUGCAUUCCAUAUUCAGUAAUAGUAAUUCAGAUAAAGUAAUAUUAAUUUGACCGCCACAUCUUAGUAAAGGCUUGAAAAACAUAAUCUUUUUCCAAUAGCAACAUUAAACUAGAUCAUAAUGAUUUAUUAGAUUUUGGAUUUAUGGACUUCAGUAAUUAGUUGUCAUUCAGUGCCUUAUUUUUAAUAUUUCGUCCGAGAAAAAAAAUGUCUGUCUAAAAGAAAAUGUGAGUAUUUCUUUUAUUCUUAAGUUCACCAACGAAACUAUUUUUUGGCAAUUGUAAACCAUCCUUUGAUGAUUUUGAUAACUUAUAUUGUGUCACUAUUUAUGAAAUGAAUCGAUGCUUUAAUUUCUUUUUCAGUUCUUUAUAUAUAAAAGCAAGCUGUUUCAAGUGAUAUGAUACAUGUCGUGGCGGUCUAUAAAUAUUUGAUGUUGACAAAAUUGAAAUUAAAAAAUUGGGAUUUUUUCGUUUGUUGCAUUUUGGUGUAACUACUAUUAAUAAAAGGCGCGGACGGGACACAAAAGUUUACCCGAAGCGGACCGUAACGAAUUUUAAGUCGGGCACGAAAAUGUUCAAAUUUAUCUUUCUGUGCUUUUCGAAAUAUUCGAUUUUGGUUUUUUUUAUCCAACGAAUUUUCAAACUUCAUGUUAAAAUGCUACGUAUACUUUAUUCUGUGUUGGCUGUUCUCAAUCCUCUGAAAAUAUGCUUUUGCGCCCAUGACGCACAAAAAGAUACGCCUGAAUUAUCGUGGGGCCGCAAAUAUAAGCGAAAGUUGUGAUAAAGCU